UUCAGUCUGAUCUUAUUUUUGUUUCUUCACACAUCCACAUCAGCUUCAACUGUCAACCUUUCCUUUCUAGGUCGUUUCUUGUUCUUAAGAGCUGUGCUCAUACCUUCUUUACGCUGUAUUAUUUCGUCACUUGACAACUUUAUUUCAACCUUCUUUUCUGUUAAGUGUCUGGAUAUACACUCUUUUCAACAUGAAGAACUUCGGUGCUAUUUUGAUGGCCUUGGCCACAGCCGCCUCUUUCGCUGCUGCCUUACCAACUCAGCAACCCCAGGGAGCUCUCCAAGUCCGCGCCCCUCGGGAAUUCGCUCUCGAUGUCAGAUUCCCCAAGAAGCAUAACCACAAGGGUGCUGCCAAUAAUGGAACCGCCGCCGCCAUUGAGGCUGGCGCCGCCAACAACGGAACUGGCAAUGCCAACCAAGGAGGCAAGAAGGGCAAGGGUAAAGACGGAAAAGCUGGCCAGGCUGCUGCAGCCAGUAAAGGUGCACAGAACGGUACUAACGCGGAUGCCGGUGCUGGUGCAGACGCUGGUGCAGGUGCUCAAGACAGUAACAAGCUCACCGACUUGAUCGGAAAGCUUCUAGGCGGCGGUGCUGACGGCGCAAAUCCCCUCGCGGAUCUUCUCAGUGCAGCAGGUGGCGCCGCCGGUGGUAACGCUGCUGGCGCGAACCCUCUCGCAGAUCUUCUUAGUGGUGUAGCAGGCGGCAAUGCUGCCGGUGGUGCCGCCGGCCAACAGGGCGGUGUGGGUGCCCUUUUACAAGGUCUCUUAGCAAAGCUAGGAGCUAACUAAGAGCUCCGGACUCUUGGAAUAAAGGGUAUCUUGUAAAUUUUAGGUCAUAGAUGGGGUUACCAGGACUUUCCGGGAUUGUUACGGCUAAUGACGGAUAUAACGGCCGAAGAUCUUCUAGCAAGUCUAGACAUGUUGAUCAGGUGUACUACUAUAUUAUUUUUCACCGCAGGAAUCUGACAUUUCGUGUCAGGGGUUGAUUUGGGGUUUUCGAUCCGCGCCUUUUGAAAGAAGUUAGCAACAAGAACACCAAUAGAAAGUUGUGGAUGUGGGAAACAAUUCUUAUCGGGCUUGUGAGCCUGUUCCAGUAUCAUUUGUGAAUGUGUUCUGCC